CGGAUACCGGUAGUUGAAACUUACCUAUACCAAUACUGUUGAAUGCGUCCUGUGUAUAUUCGUGUUAUUAUUUUGUAUGGAAUUAUAUCGAGAAAUAAAGUUUUGAAAUGGAAUCAGCGGAAUAUGAGUGUGAAAUAUGCUUCGAUGAAACAGCACUUGGAUUUUGCAAGACGUGUGGGCACACUGGAAAAGCGUGUUUAGGAAUUCAUAAAAAAGGAAGGGCAUUUCAAAGUCACAUCAUCGAUAUGUAUGAAGAAGGUGAUGAAAAGACAAAGUUGAGUAUGCGAGACAUCCCAAAGGACAGUUGUAAAGAACAUCCGACUGAGAAGGCGUUAUUUCUUUGUAAGGUUUACGAGUGUGUGAUUUGUGGUCGAUGCCUCAACUCGGGACAUCUUUCAUGUGGAGAACAAGUUGUUGACCUACUAAAGGAGGCGGGAACGAUUCAUUGCGACAUAGUAAAUAACAUGCAAGCAGCUUUAACUGAGCUUAAGUAUGCCAGUAUGCGUUUGAAGGAAGAAAGCAAACGUAAAAAAGAAACAAGUCAACUGCAAGCCGAAAAGCGCAAUUCAGAUCUUGAUAGUUUGGAAACUAGACUGAAACGUUCCGUAGAAGAUGUAAUUAGUCAGGUAAGACGGGAAGCAUGCAAAUUUAACGACGAAAAUUGCGAAAGAUUUUCCAGCAUUGCAUCCGUGUGCGAGAAAAACAUAGUUUUGGCUGAUGAAGAAGAGGAACAAAAUAAAAAGUUUGAAAUGAGUUCUUCUACGGGUCAGCUGUAUCUAAGGAGCAAAUCAUUUAAUAAGACAGUGUCGGAGGCCAAAUUGCAGAUGAAAGAACUUGAACAUAAGCAGACUUUUAAAAUAUUUUGCCUAAAAGAAAACAAUAAAGCUCUAAACAGCUUGUUCGACGUUUUGAGAGACGUUUGCAGAAUUGAGGAGGAAGUUGAUGGCAGCGAUGACGGUAGCACUGUAACACACGUCGGCGGGAUCGCAGCUUCAGAUAAACACAGGAACAGAGAGAUAAAGAGCGGCCAUGUGGAAGAGUUUCGUGUAAAGGACACUAUGAUGGGCCUCGCGAUAGGGACGCAUGGAGCGAACAUUAAGCAGGCAAAACAAGUAGAGGGUGUGACUCAUAUUGAUGUCAAUAAGAAGACAUGUACGUUCAAAGUCUACGGAAAGACGGAGGAAGCAUGCAAGCGGGCACGAAAUAUGUUAGAGUAUACAGAGAAAAAUUACCAGGUCCCACGCGAUCUUGUGGCAAUGGUUAUCGGAAAGAAGGGGAAGAACAUUCAAGACAUUGUCGACAUAUCGGGUAUAGUGCGUGUGAAAAUCGAGGGGGAUGACGAGAGGGAUGACCCACGGCAGGGACAUAAGUUGUUCACCUUUCUUGGUACUGUGGAGAAUAUCAGCAACGCGCAGACUCUUUUGGAAUACAACAUCGAUCACCUAAGGGAGGUUGAGAGACUACGCAAAGAGAAGAUGGAAAUCGACCAGCAAUUACGCAGCCUUUGCCGGUCCCGUACACCCCGUUCCACGGGAACGGCGGAGGAAAAAUAACGAUCAAUAAUCUAAUGGCCGGGAUAGCGACCGGAAGGUCAGGUAUCGCGAUGAAAGGUGGACGGCAAAGGAAGAGACCCUCGCAGAUAUCAAGACAGCCACGAUGGCGGAUGACUGGGUUGAGACAAUGAAGGUUGAGGUUGUGCUAUGAAGUUUAAGGGCUUUGAACUUUCCAUAGAGUUGCGUAUUUACGGAAUUAAUUUGUCUCUUAGGCAGAAAUUAAAUAAAAAUAAAAUUGGC